GUCUCAGGUUUGAGCCUUUGAGCCUCGUUGUAUUCCAUGUGUGGGGCCGAGGAAGAGCUGUCGAACAGGAUGAGUGCUGAACGUAAUCUGGAUGAUGAGGAUACUUUUAAAAUUUUGAUUGCAACAGAUCUUCAUCUGGGCUAUUUGGAAAAAGAUGCCAUAAGGGGUAAUGAUACCCUUGUUACUUUUGAUGAGGUUUUAAGAUGUGCACAGGAAAAUGUGGUAGAUUUUAUACUGUUGGGUGGUGAUCUCUUUCAUGAGAACAAACCCUCUCGCAAGACGUUGCAUACCUGUAUGGAGCUAUUGAGAAAAUAUUGCAUGGGCGAUAAUCCAAUACACUUCGAAAUUUUAAGUGACCAGUCAGUUAAUUUUGCUUUUAGCAAAUUUCCAUGGGUAAAUUAUCAUGACGGAAAUUUAAACAUCUCUACUCCAGUUUUCAGCAUUCAUGGUAACCAUGACGAUCCUACAGGGGCAGAUGCCCUGUGUGCCUUGGAUCUUUUGAGCUGUGCUGGAUUGGUAAAUCAUUUUGGUCGGUCCUUGUCUGUGGAGAAGACUGACAUUAGCCCUGUUCUGAUGCAGAAAGGAAAUACUAAGCUGGCGCUGUAUGGGUUAGGAGCCAUCCCAGAUGAGCGCCUUUACAGAAUGUUUGUAAACAAGCAAGUUACUAUGCUUAGGCCAAAGGAAGAUGAAGAUAGCUGGUUUAAUAUAUUUGUCAUUCAUCAAAACAGGAGCAAACAUGGAGCCACCAAUUACAUUCCUGAGCAAUUUUUGGAUGAUUUUCUGGACCUUGUUAUUUGGGGACAUGAACAUGAGUGUAAAAUAGCUCCAACAAGAAAUGAACAGCAGCUGUUCUAUGUCUCACAGCCUGGAAGUACAGUUGUUACUUCUCUUUCUCCAGGAGAAGCUGUAAAGAAACACAUUGGGCUGUUGCGAAUUAAAGGAAAGAAAAUGAACAUGCGGAAGAUUCCUUUGAAAACAGUUCGCCAGUUCUUUAUUGAAGAUGUCGUCCUUGCAGAUUAUCCUGAUAUAUUUAACCCAGAUCAUCCCAAAGUCACACAGAAAAUAGAGUCUUUCUGUGUAGAGAAGGUGGAAGGAAUGUUGGAUGUUGCUGAAAGAGAGCGAAUAGGAAAUCCUCGUCAACCAGAAAAGCCUCUAAUAAGAUUGAGAGUGGAUUAUAGUGGUGGAUUUGAACCUUUCAGUACUCUUCGAUUUAGCCAAAAAUUUGUAGAACGAGUUGCCAACCCUAAGGACAUUGUUCACUUUUUCCGGCAUAGGGAUCAGAAAGAUAAAAAAGAUGAUGUACAGAUUAAUUUUGAAAAAUUUGCAAAUAAAUCUUCAGAAAUAAUGACCUUAAGAGUGGAGGAUCUAGUCAAACAGUAUUUCAAGACUGCCGAGAAAAAUGUCCAGUUAUCACUAUUGACUGAAAGAGGGAUGGGAGAAGCUGUGCAAGAGUUUGUUGACAAAGAAGAAAAAGAUGCUAUUGAUGAGCUGGUAAAAUUUCAGUUGGAAAAGACACAGCGGUUUUUGAAGGAUCGGCACAUUGAUGCGACUGAACACAAGAUUGAUGAAGAGGUUCGCCAUUUUCGUGAAACCCGGAGAAAAAACACAGCUGAAGAAGAUGAAGAAGUUCAAGAGGCAAUGAGUAGAGCCAGAGCUCACAGAACUGAAGGAAAAGAUACCUCUUCAUUAAUUAGUGAUGAUGACAUGGUCGUUUCUGAAGAAAAAGCUGCAGAUUCUGAUGAAAGUAGCGUGCCCAUAGCUAACAGAGGGAGAGGCAGAGGUCGUGGAAGGGCCAGCAGUAGAGGCCAAAGUUCUUCCACAGCAAGAGGAGGAUCCAGAAGAGGAAGCAGGAAUAGCGGAAGAGAAACUAGCAACGAAUGUAAGUUCUCCAGCAGGACUUACAAAGCUCCAGUCGUUACCCCUGUAAAGAAUAAGUUAAUCAUGGAUGCUUUUAAAGGAUCUAGUCGACGCACAGCACAGGCUUCGCAUCAAAGUCCUGAGGAGGUCAUAAUUAGUGAAGAUUCAGAUAUGGAAGAAUGUAGUCUAUCCAGUUUCUCAAAACAAAAUCAGGGGAAUUCAAGUGGAUCAGGAUCUUUCAGUAGAAGAGGUUCACAAAACCAGUCUAAAGGAGUAACUUUUUAUGAUGACGAUGAUGAGGAUGAAUUUGAUCCCUUUAAAAGUUCUGCAACCGCCAAAGGAAACAGAAGAUAACAACUAGUCAAACCCUCAUAAUGUGCUGAUGGUUUAUAUUCUGGAAGAUUUUGUUAAUGGUUUCAGUGACAAUAAAUAUAUAACGAAAGAUUUUUCAAAACUGUUCUUGCUUAAGCAUGUUAUCUGACACAUAAUUAGAUAGCUAAGUGGAUGUGAAUACAGUACUUUGAUUUUUGCGUAUUUACAGAACUGUUUUCCAUCUAUAGAUCUAUAUUCAAUGUGAAUCAUUUUUUAAUUUUAAAAAAACUUAAAUGCUUUGCCUGGUAGCUUUGGGGUGGUUUAAUCCACUGAAUAGUCUUUACUUAAUGUUAAUGAAUCUGCAAGAGGUUGAAGAAGGAUUGCUCUUGUGUAAAUGUUCUGAAACUUAAACUCUUUGAUAUUUUACAUAUUUCACAUAUUAGACUUCUUAGAGCCUUGUAUUAAAUACCCAUUUUAAUAUGUGCAUGGGGAUCUUUAAAACUUGAAUGUGUAUUAUUUUUAUAAAAUUUAAAAGCAUCAAUAUUGACCUUUAGGGUGUAGAUAUCCCACCUGAGAAACAGUCUGCAAUGUUUUGAAGUGGGGUGGGAUGUGGAAGACAGUUUAAUACUGUAUCCUGGGUAAAGAAGAAAAACACUGAAUUACGGUAAAGGAAAUUAACGGAUAACAGCACGAGACACAAGAAUGAAAUACUGGUAGUAAAUUUUAUUUGUACAUAGUGGUAGGAAAAUCUAACAUGACAAAGAUUCAUUGAAAUCCUGCAAAAUCGCACUGUUCAAUGUCGUGGCCUGGUAAAAUGGCAUACUUAAUGAAACAUUUAUUAAAUUCUGCCAAAUUCUUCCAUUUUCUUCCCAUUUACUUUAUGUAAUGAAUCACAACAACAUUGACACAUUUGUCAAAGAAUUAAAGGUUUAUGUAGCUAAUAUAUCUCUUCUUUUUUAAAUUCAGGUAUGGCACAAUUAAAAUGAUUAACUUCUUAAUGAUAUUAACCUUUGCAUGUAUAGUGAACAAAGUUUGAGAAGUACUGAUAGACUUAGUGCCGGUCUGACUGACUGAAUCAAAACGUGCUGUAGUAAACCAAGUGGGCUAAGUAGAGUUAUGAAUGAAGGAAUAGAGACACAAUAUUGUACUUAAAGUACAAUGAAUGGAGUUAUUGUGAUGAAUGUGACUUCAUUUGUGCGUUGAUGGGAAUAUGAAGUUUUCUUU